AUGCAGAUGGCGAGGUGUGCAGCUGUGAAUUGUAAUAACAGGUUUGGUGAUCACAAGGAAACUGCACCAGGAGGCAUCAAGAAGAUCACCUUCCAUAAUAGAUGCGUGCAGGCUUGGCACGGCUUCACGCGCACCGUCUGUGCUACACUCAUGAUGGCUCUCAACUCACUCCCGAGGAAGUGCAUGGGGAAAGAGGGACUACUGAAUGAACUAGCCCACAAAUUUGAUGCUGAACUCACCGACAUGAGAGAAGGGUGCACCACGCCACCACUGCUGGAUGUCAACGAUCCAGUGGAGGAGUGCAAGGAUGAAGAAAGAAGUUCCUGCAGUAACCAGGUCAAAGGGGAUGUUGGUGUUAUAGAGGCUUUUGGGGGUGGCAUGCUGAUAGAUGUGGGACUCCCCAAACACAAGUCGAUCCACAUAUCCGAUGGCUCCUCCUGUACAAUUCCAGAAUCCCCCACCGUCAUGCAUCCCACCAGGUCCCAGUUGUCAAUAUCAAGCCUUCUCAUCAUUCUCAUGUGCAUCAAGAAGCAGCAGGUUUCUGGUUUGGCCUUGUGCUUCCAUGAUGAUGGGGGAAAAGAAGAAGGGGAUCCAGACAAAGCAUCCGGCUCCACCCACCACUGCAUUGCUUGCCGCAAGAAAGCGGAUCAAAAAUGUAGCUCUUGCCGCCUUGUCUACUACUGUGCUUCCAUUUGUCAAAAAAGCGACUGGAGUCACAUUCACCGAGAUGAAUGCGGAAAGAUACGAUCUCUGAGGUCCCACAUUUCCCCUCAGUCCAAGGACAGUGAGGUGAAUGAGGACAGCUUACCCAUCCUCACCAAGCAGAAACUCACCCUUCGCUCCUCCCCAAGUAGUCCCACCCUUCCCUACAAAAUGGAGCAAAAUGAGGAACUUGGACGGUAUCUAGUGGCAACCAAGGACUUAGAACCAGGAGAAGUCAUCUUUAUGGAUGAGCCAUUAGUGGUUGGUCCUGUUCAAGGUGGCACUGCCAUGUGCCUUGGCUGCUACAAGAGAGUCACUCAACUCUCUUGGGCAUCUUGUCACCGAUGCAAUAUGCCCCUGUGUUCUGUUGCCUGUGAAGAUUCUGAGCAGCACCUUCUGGAAUGCAGUUUCAUGUCAGUUCAGAAAAAGCGAAAGUUCACCCUCGACCUCUACUCCUACGUGACAAUCCUCCGUGCCGUCAUCUUAAAGCUCGAUCCAGUGUUCAAAGCCAAGUGGGAAAAGUUGAGCAGCUUGGAAAGCCACCUAGAUAAGGUGCAGGAGUCUAAGAUGUAUGCCAAAAGGCGUAACAUGAUCGUAAAGCCACUACGAGAGCUGGUCGGGGACCCACAUUUCCCCGAGGAAGAGAUUCAACGAGUGUGCAGCAUUUUCGAUAUCAAUGCCUUUGAGAUUCAUUGCUCCCAGGGUCACAUCUAUGGAUUGUACCCUACUGCCUCGCUCAUGGAGCACAGUUGCAUCCCAAACACAUAUCACACAUUUGAUCGGGACUUCAACAUGGUCCUUCGAGCAGCCGAACCCAUUGCCAAGGGUAGUCACAUCACUGCCAUUUAUACCAGAAUGCUGGAAGGGACCAUGAACCGCCGCAGGAUGUUGAAAGAGUUCCGCUUCUUUGAGUGUUCAUGCCCCCGUUGUGCAGAUCCUCUGGAACUGGGUUCAUACUUCAGUGCUGUGAGGUGUGGAAAGUGUCCCAGUGGGUAUCUAUUGCCCCAGGAUCCUCUAGAGCGGGAACCCACAUGGGUGUGUGAGUCCUGUGAGUACCAGGCCUCAAACAAGGUCAUUUCUCGCAUCCUUCGCCCACUUGAGGAAGAUCUCGUACCUCUGGAACGAUCUCAGCCCACUGUUGAUGCUUGUGAGGCAUAUCUAAAGAAAUAUGGUUCUGUGGUGCACCCAAACCAUUACCUCUUGUUUUCCGUUCUCCACUCCCUGUCUCAAUUGUAUGGGAGGUCCCCUGGGAGACCUUUGCACAAGCUCACUGCUGCUGAACUCUCUCGCAAGGAAGACAUCUGCCGGCAUAUGAUACAAGUUGCCGACAUCCUUGACCCAGGCAUUUCAUUGCUGAGAGGAGUGACCCUGUAUGAGCUGCAAGCCACACUCUUUGAAAAGGCCAGGCGUCUCAAUGAGGGAGAAAACCCUGACAUCAGUGAACUUCGUUCCUUGCUCUCGCGAGGACUGUCGUCGCAUUUUUCUUCGUCGAGUGCAUUCCGUCCCCCAGGGAACACGUGCGAUACAGACGGCUCAAGGUCCGUGAAUCGAAAAGCCCCUUCGGAAGGGCUGAUCUACUUGAGUCAGUCGAUCUACCUCCUCCAGUACGAGCCGGGUCACACGCCGGAGGGUCAGAUGAAGGUGGCCGCCAUAGCGAACCUGGAGCAGGUGUCGUCGUGGGUGAACAGUCUUCAGCUGGACAUCCCGAGCCUCGCCGUGACGUCGUCCGCCGCUCCGCCGGCUCAGACGUGAACCGCCCGUUCCUUUUUUAUCCCGUUCCCUCGCCGUCACUGCCAAAGACCCGCCCACGGUUUUCCCUUGCGAAUCUCUCGUCUGCGACGCCUGGGGGUCUCCGGCCCUGUCGGAGCGGAGGGCGUUUUGCUCAAAGUGUCUCUCUUUGCUCCCGAGGCCGUGCCUUAACGAUCCUCGCCGAUUCUCGUGCUUCUAACAUCCUUUUUGAGUGUUUCUACGAUCGCUUUCUCUCUUUCGUCGUCGUGUUAGUCGUGAUUGAAAUACGCUAUAGUCUAGAGCUGGGAGUUUCCUGGAGUCUCCGCGGUCACUUUUCGUGAUGUCGUGAAUAAAUUGGUGCUCUGGG